UCUUCUUUUGUUUUGUUUUUUUUUUUUUUCCCGAUGAAAAAUGGAGUCAAGAAAAGACAUGGCUGUGUUAAUUUUUUGAUGUUAUUUAUUUUCGCCCUUAUCUCUUUUAUGAAGUCAUGAAGUUCAAGACAUGGGAUGAGAUGAGGUUUAACAGAUCUUUUCUGAGAUGAGUUUUUGCUGAAAAUUAAGAAUUGAAGGGAAGAUGAAGAUUCUAUUAGAGCUAGUUUGUUAUGCUUAGAAAUAAAUCAAACUUACUUUUAAAUUACUUAUUUUGUCAAAUAUGAUUUUCAGAGUUGCUUCUUUUACUGAUAAAUCUUAAAUUUUGAUCAUCUAUAAUGGAUGUUAUGUGGUUUCAUGGAAGAAAGUAAAAGCCCUCAUGAAAGUAUUUGGUGGGACACAGAGUAGAGAACCGGAGAAUUAUGUGUUUAUAAAGAGUUAAAAUACCAGAGUUUAGAGUGAUUUAAAAUGGCUUUCAAGCCGCUUGAAUGGUAUUGCAAGCCUGUGAAGAAUGGGGUAUGGUCAAAAGCAGUGGAAAAUGCCUUUGGAGCUUACACUCCUUGUGGAAUUGACACAAUAGUAAUCUGCAUUUCAAAUCUGGUUCUUCUGAGCUUGGUCUUAUACAGGCUAUGGAGGAUAAGGAAAGAUUUUUCGGUCCAAAGAUUCCGUUUAAGGUCAAAUUAUUACAAUUAUUUUCUGGGACUGUUGGCUGCUUAUUGCACUGGAGAACCUUUGUUCAGAUUGGUCAAGGGAAUUUCAGUGUUUGACGUUGACGGGGAGUCUGGACUCGCUCCUUACGAGAUAAUUUCUCUGAUCAUAGAAGUUCUAGCAUGGUGCUCUAUGCUGGUGUUGAUUUGUGUAGAAACAAAGGUCUACAUUCGCGAGGUCCGAUGGGCUGUCAGAUUUGGGGUUAUUUAUAAACUGGUUGGGGAUGCUGUGAUGCUGAAUCUUGCACUCUCUGUGAGGGAGUUUUAUCAUCAGUCCGUACUGUAUUUGUAUAUCAGUGAGGUGGCUGUCCAGGUUUUAUUUGGAGUACUCUUGCUUGUGUAUAUACCUGAAUUAGACCCAUACCCGGGCUAUUCCCUCGUACGAGAUGAAUAUGCAGAAAACGAUGCAUAUGAAGAACUUCCUGGAGGGGAGCAGAUAUGUCCCGAGAGACAUGUCAACCUAUUUUCUAAAAUCAUGUUCAGUUGGAUGUCUCAACUCAUGCAGUUGGGCUAUAAAAGGCCUCUUACAGAAAAGGAUGUUUGGCAACUUGAUAAUUGGGAUAGAACAGAAACACUCAAUGACACGUUCCAGAGAUCUUGGGCUGAGGAGAUUCGGAGGCCUAAACCAUGGCUCUUAAGAGCUUUAAAUCGUAGCCUUGGGGGAAGAUUUUGGUGGGGAGGCUUCUGGAAGAUAUUCAAUGAUCUUUCACAGUUUGUUGGGCCACUCAUUUUGAACAGACUUCUACAGUCUAUGCAACGAGGAGAUCCAGCUUGGAUUGGCUACAUCUAUGCCUUCGCAAUUUUUGUUGGAGUGGUAUUAGGUGUGCUGUGUGAAGCUCAGUAUUUUCAGAAUGUCAUGCGUGUUGGCUAUCGUCUGAGGGCAACCCUGAUUGCUGCAGUUUUCCGCAAGUCUUUAAGGCUCACCCAUGAGAGUCGCAAAAAGUUUGCAUCAGGGAAAAUCACAAACCUAAUGACAACUGAUGCUGAGGCUCUCCAGCAAGUUUGCCAAUCACUACAUACUUUGUGGUCAGCUCCUUUUCGCAUUGUUAUUUCCCUGGUUCUUCUCUACAUGCAGCUUGGCAUUGCUUCACUUCUUGGUGCACUAUUGCUUGUUCUUAUGUUCCCUAUACAAACAUUCAUAAUAAGCAAAAUGCAAAAAUUGACAAAAGAAGGAUUGCAACGUACAGACAAGAGAAUUGGACUUAUGAAUGAAAUUUUGGCUGCCAUGGACAUUGUGAAAUGUUAUGCAUGGGAGAAUAGUUUCCGAACAAAGGUUCAAGUUGUUCGAGAUGAUGAGUUGUCAUGGUAUCGGAAAGCCCAACUGCUAGGAGCGACGAAUAGUUUUGUACUGAACAGUAUUCCGGUUCUGGUAAUUGUAAUUUCAUUUGGGACAUUCACUUUACUUGGAGGGGAUCUGACGGCUGCAAGGGCAUUUACAUCUCUUUCGCUGUUCGCGGUGCUGCGGUUUCCAUUGUUCAUGCUCCCCAAUAUAAUUACGCAGGUUGUGAACGCGAAUGUUUCCUUAAAACGUCUGGAGGAACUUCUUUUAUCUGAAGAACGAGUUCUUCUUCCUAACCCACCUAUUGAGCCAGGAUUACCAGCUAUCUCAAUCAAGAAUGGAUACUUUUCUUGGGAAUCUAAGCAGGAGGAGAAGCCAACAUUGUCAAAUGUCAAUUUGGAUAUACCAAUUGGUAGCUUAGUAGCAAUAGUUGGCGGUACUGGGGAGGGAAAGACCUCACUUAUAUCAGCAAUGCUUGGAGAACUUCCUCUGGUUGCAGAUGCAACUGUCGUUAUCAGAGGGAAGGUUGCUUAUGUACCACAAAUUUCAUGGAUUUUCAAUGCAACGGUCCGGGACAACAUACUGUUUGGUUCUCCUUUCGAACCUGAAAAAUACGAGAAGGCAAUAGAUGUAACAUCUUUGCAGCACGACCUUGAACUACUGCCUGGUGGUGAUCUUACUGAAAUCGGUGAACGUGGGGUCAAUAUUAGUGGAGGGCAAAAGCAGAGAGUUUCUAUGGCUAGAGCAGUAUAUUCUAAUUCAGAUGUUUAUGUAUUCGAUGAUCCUUUAAGUGCUCUAGACGCUCAUGUGGGUCGUCAGGUUUUUGAAAAGUGCAUCCGAGGAGAAUUAAGAGGAAAAACAAGAGUUCUAGUUACAAACCAGCUGCAUUUUCUAUCUCAAGUAGAUAGAAUUAUUCUGGUGCAUGAUGGCAUGGUCAAAGAGGAAGGCACCUUUGAAGAGCUCUCAAACAAUGGCAUUCAUUUUCAGAAACUGAUGGAAAAUGCUGGCAAGAUGGAAGAAUACGUCGAAGAAAAGGAAGAUGUUGGCACAACAGAUAAAACUUCUGAACCUAUGGCUAAUGGUGUGGGCAAUGAUGCUAAUCAAACAAAUAAAAAGAAAGAAGGCAAAUCCAUUCUUAUCAAGCAGGAAGAACGGGAAACUGGUGUUGUCAGUUGGAAUGUUUUGAUGAGAUACAAGAAUGCAUUGGGAGGUACAUGGGUAGUUAUGAUAUUAUUCACGUGCUAUGUCCUAACUGAAGCUCUACGAGUUUCAAGUAGCACAUGGCUAAGUUACUGGACAGAGCAAAGCCAUUCAGAUACACAUGGGCCUAUCUUCUACAAUUUGAUCUAUUCAAUUCUGUCAUUUUGUCAAGUUUUGGUGACAUUCGUGAACUCGUUUUGGUUGAUCACGUCAAGCCUUUAUGCUGCCCGAAGUUUGCACAACGCGAUGCUCAAUUCUAUCUUAAGAGCUCCAAUGGUUUUCUUUCACACAAAUCCACUCGGACGGAUAAUCAACAGGUUUGCUAAGGAUCUAAGUGACAUUGAUAGGAAUGUUGCUCCUUUUGCGAACAUGUUUCUGAACCAAGUGGCACAGCUUAUUUCAACAUUUGUCCUAAUUGGGAUAGUGAGCACCAUGUCAUUAUGGGCCAUACUGCCUCUUAUAGUCUUGUUCUACAUAGCCUAUCUAUAUUAUCAGAGCACGGCCCGUGAAGUAAAGCGCCUGGAUUCCAUUACUAGAUCUCCUGUGUAUGCACAAUUUGGGGAAGCAUUGAAUGGCUUGUCAACUAUUCGUGCAUACAAAGCAUAUGAUCGAAUGGCAAACAUUAAUGGAAAAUCCAUGGACAACAAUGUUAGAUUUACUCUUGUAAACAUGAGUGGAAACCGCUGGCUUGCUAUUCGUCUGGAGACAGUGGGAGGCCUUAUGAUUUGGCUUACUGCAACAUUUGCUGUCAUGCAGAACGGAAGGGCAGAAAACCAAGAGGCAUUUGCCUCUACAAUGGGUUUACUUCUUUCUUAUGCAUUGAAUAUUACCAGCCUAUUGACUGCUGUACUAAGACUUGCGAGCAUAGCAGAAAAUAGUCUAAAUGCCGUGGAGCGCGUUGGUACAUAUAUAGAAUUGCCUUCAGAAGCUCCAGCCGUUAUAGAGGACAGUCGUCCUCCUCCUGGGUGGCCUUCAGCAGGGUCUAUUCAAUUUGAUGACGUUGUCUUGCGCUAUAGACCUGAACUGCCGCCCGUGCUGCAUGGCAUAUCCUUCACAAUUUCUCCUAGCGACAAGGUAGGAAUAGUUGGUAGGACUGGAGCAGGGAAAUCUAGCAUGCUGAAUGCUUUAUUCCGAAUUGUUGAACUGGAAAAGGGAAGAAUCUUAAUUGAUGAUUGUGACAUUGGAAAGUUUGGAUUAACUGAUGUUCGAAAGGUUCUUGGCAUCAUUCCACAAUCACCAGUUCUCUUCUCAGGCACGGUGAGGUUUAAUCUUGAUCCUUUCAAUGAACACAAUGAUGCUGACCUGUGGGAGGCUUUAGAGAGGGCACAUCUAAAGGAUGCCAUCAGGAGGAAUUCUUUGGGUUUGGAUGCACAGGUCUCAGAAGCUGGGGAGAACUUCAGUGUUGGACAGAGACAGUUGUUAAGUCUUGCUCGAGCAUUGCUUCGCAGAUCAAAAAUUCUUGUCCUCGAUGAAGCGACUGCUGCUGUUGAUGUUAGAACCGAUGCUCUUAUUCAGAAGACUAUAAGAGAAGAGUUCAAAUCGUGCACAAUGCUCAUUAUUGCUCACCGUUUAAAUACGAUUAUCGACUGCGACAGGAUUCUUCUGCUUGAUGCUGGUCAGGUCGUGGAAUAUGAUACUCCUGAAAUGCUGCUGCAAAAUGUAGAAAGUGCAUUCUCUAAGAUGGUUCAGAGCACGGGGGCUGCAAAUGCUGAGUACUUACGCAGCUUAGUACUUAGAGGGGAAGGUGAUAGCAAAUUAGAAAGAGGAAAACAAGUGGAUGGGCAAAGAAAAUGGCUCGCCUCGUCCAGAUGGGCUGCUGCUGCACAAUUUGCACUUGCUGUUAGCCUCACUUCAUCACAGAAUGACCUGUUGCAGUUGGAAAUUAAAGAUGGGGAUAGUAUCCUUAGGAAAACAAAGGAUGCUGUAAUAACACUUCAGGGGGUUUUGGAGGGGAAGCAUGACAAAGUGAUUGAAGAAAAUCUUGAUCAGUACCAGGUCCCCCGGGAUAGAUGGUGGUCAGCUCUAUACAGAAUGAUUGAAGGUCUUGCGGUCAUGAGUAGGCUGGCACGGAACAGGCUUCAUCAUGAGGACAACUUUGCAGAUCGAUCAAUUAAUUGGGAUGACGUCGAAAUGUAGGGGUAACUACGACACAUUUUGACUUAAUGGACUUGCAGUCUAACAGGGAGUUGUAACUUAAAUAAAGGCACCACCCUGAUUUAGAAGACAGUUAAUGCUGUCUAUUUUGCGGGCCACCAAACUUGGCGAGCCUGCUUCUGUUAAAUUGGGCACAGGAUUUUGAACUCCAUGACCAUUUCUGUGUGUAGGCUGGAUAGCUAUCUAAAAAGUUUUGACACAUUAAAUAGCUCGAAAGCAUGCUUGGACGUAUACUUUUUAACUAACUAUUUAUUUUUAAACACAUUAGAUAAUUAAUUUUUA